AGUUGGGAUUGGAGAACAGAUUUCCCACAGCCAGCCCAGAUGAGGAUUGCUGGGAGACAGCUGCAGGCAGAUUCACCCAAUGGGAGCAGCCAAAGCUAAGCCCCUCAGCAUGCAGGGUUGCAGGUAUAAAGGGCAAUGAAGAGGCUGAAAAAUAUUUCCGGAGUUAAGCUUGUGAUAUUGGCAGUUCAAGAAUGGACAGAAAACAGGGGAAAUACGUAGUGAAUAGUGAACGCUCUGGAAACCAGCAAGCUUUCCUGAGCCCAAGAAACCAUGAAGCUCACAAUUCAGCAUGUCAGUUCUCUACAUCAGUGGAAAUAACUGGUGAUGUUGGUACCAAUUUAAGUGCUGUCUGCACCAGCCCAGCGACCCUUGAACACUCUGAAUUUCUAAACAGAGAAUUCCAACAUUGUCAGGUGAAACGAAAUUUCUUCUGUGACUGGUCUCUAUGGAAAACCUUUCUCGCUUGUCUCUUAGCCUGUUUGAUAACAACAGCAAUUGGAGUACUCAUAGUAUCCCUGGUGUAUAAUGGGAAAAAUAAUAAUGCCUCUAUUGUUAUCCAAUUUCCCCAAAGCCAUGGAACAACCUCAUCUGCCACUGGAAUAACCUUAUCUACAGUUUCUCAACCUACAGUUACCACUAUGAUAAUAAAUUCUACCACAAAAUCCACUUCAACUAAGCCUGCUAUCAUGAGAACCACUGCAAGCACUUCUAUAGAACCUACCAGCACAAUGAACUCCACUAACACUUCAAAUGCAACUACAAUAUCACUAGCCACCACUUCAACUGAAGCCAAGGCCACAACAAAUGCAGGAAUUUCCACAGAGGCUAUAAUCACAACAGCCACCACUACCACCUCUCCUAAACCCACAACCAAAACAUCAGCCACCACUACAGCAGAACAGUUUGCCACCACAACUAUAGGCAGUUACACUGAAGCAAGAACGACAAGAGCCAACAUGAUCACCUCAGCUGAAUCCACAACCAUAACAACAGACAGCACUACAACUGAACAGUCUGCCAUCACAACUACAGGCAUUUCCACUGAGGCUACAACCACAAUAACCACCACUACCACCUCUACUGAACCCACCACCACCAGAACAACCAGCACUACAACUGAACACUCUGACACCACAACUGUGGGCACCUCCACUGAGGCUGCUACCACAGCCACCACCGCUGACAUCUCUAAUGAACCCACCACCACAACAACAGCCAGUACUACAACUGAACAGUCUGCCACAAUUGCAGGUACCUCCACUGAGGCUAUGACCACAACCACCAUGACUACCACCUCUACUGAUCCCACCACAACAAUGGCCAGCACUACAACUGAACAGGCUGCCAUCACAACUACAGGCACUUCCACUGAGGCUACAACUGCAACGACAACCACCAUCACCUCUACUGAACCCACCACCACCACAGCAGGCAGCUCUACAACUGAGCAGUCUGGCAUCACAACUGCAGGUACCUCCACUGAGGCUACAACCACAAUCACCACUACUACCUCUACUGAACCUAUAGCCACAACAACAGCCAGCACUAAAACUGAACAGUCUGCCCCCACAACUGCAAGUACCUCCACUGAGACUACAAUCACAACCACCACCACUACCACCUCUACUGAACCCAUAGCCACAACAACAGCUAGCACUACAACUGAACAGUCUGCCACUGCAACUGCUGGCACUUCCAGUGAGACUAUAUUCACAACCACCACCACUACCACCUCUACUGAACUCACCACAACAACAGUAGCCAGUGCUGCAACUGAACAGUCUGCCACCACAACUACAGGAACUUCCACUGAGGCUACAACCACAGCCACCACCACUACCAUCUCUACUGAACCCACCACCACAAAAACAGCCAGCUCUACAACUGAACAGUCUGACACUACAACUGCAGGCACUUCCACUGAGGCUGCUACCACAACCACCACCACUGAACCCAUAGCCACAACAACAGCCAGCACUACAACUGAACAGUCUGCCAUGACAACUGCUGUCACUUCCACUGAGACUACAGUCACAACUACCACCACUACCACCUCUACUGAACCCACCACAACAACAGUAGCCAAUGCUACAACUGAACAAUCUGCCACCACAACUACAGGAACUUCCACUGAGGCUACAACCACAGCCACUACGACUACCACCUCUACUGAACCCACCAUCACAAAAACAGCCAGCUCUACAACUGAACAGUCAGACACUACAACUGCGGGCACCUCCACUGAGGCUGCUACCACAACUACCACCACUGCCACCUCUACUGAACCUAUAACCACAGCAGCAGCCAGCACUACUUCUGGACAGUCUACCACCACAACUGCAGGUACCUCCACAGAGGCUACGACCACAACCACCACCACCACCUCCUCAACUGAACCCACCACAACAAUGGCCAGCACUACAACUGAACAGGCUGCCACCACAACUACAGGAACUUCCACUGAGGCUACAACCACAGCCACUACGACUACCACCUCUACUGAACCCACCAUCACAAAAACAGCCAGCUCUACAACUGAACAGUCAGACACUACAACUGCGGGCACCUCCACUGAGGCUGCUACCACAACUACCACCACUGCCACCUCUACUGAACCUAUAACCACAGCAGCAGCCAGCACUACUUCUGGACAGUCUACCACCACAACUGCAGGUACCUCCACAGAGGCUACGACCACAACCACCACCACCACCUCCUCAACUGAACCCAUAGCCACAACAACAGCCAGCACUACAACUGAACAGUCUGCCACCACAACUGCUGGCACUUCCACUGAGAGUACAAUCACAACAACCACCACUACUGCCUCUGCUGAACCCACCACAACAACAGUAGCCAGCCCUACAACUGAACAGUUGGCUACCACAACUGCAGGUACUUCCACGGAGGCUACAACCACAGUCACCACCACUACCACCUCUACUGAACCCACCACCACAACAACAGCCAGAACUACAACUGGACAGUCUGCCACCACAACUGCAGGUACCUCCACUGAGGCUAUGACCACGACCAUCACCACCACCACCUCAACUGAACACAUCCCCACAACAACAGUUGACACUACAACCGAACAGUCUGCCACCACAACUGCUGGCACUUCCACUGAGAGUACAAUCACAACCACCACCACUACCACAUCUACUGAACCCACCACAACAACAGUAGCCAGCCCUACAACUGAACAGUCUGCUACCACAAUUGCAGCCAGCUCUGCAACUGAACAACCUGCCACCACAAGUACAGGUACCUCCACUGUGACUACAACCACUGCAGCCAGCACUGUCUCCUCUACUGAACCCAUCCCCACAACAACAGUUGGCACUACAACUGAACAGUUGGCCACGACAUCUGCUGUCACUUCUACUGAGACUACAGUCACAACCACCACCACUACCACCUCUACUGAACCCACCACAACAACACACAACCACAACAUAACCAGCACUGCAAUUGAACAGUCUGCCACCAUAACCAUAGGCACUUCCACUGAAGCUACAACCCCCACAGUCACCACUGCCACCUCUACAGAACCCACAGCCACAACAACAUCUACGACACCAGUAGUAACCAGAAACACCAUUGAAACAACUGCCACAAUAAUGUCAGGCCCUUCCACUGUGGCUACAACUACAACAGCCACCACUCUCCCUUCUACUGUACCCACAACCACAAUAGCAACUAGCACCGAAACUAAACAGACUGCAGCAAUGACUGCUGGUACUUCCACAGAGGGUACAACCAAAAUUACCACUACUGUCACUGAGUUGACAACCACAAUAGCAGCCAUGUUGCCCAUUGAACAGACUAGUACAACAACUUCAGGGACUUCCACUUACACUACUAAUGUUACUUCAACCGACCUUACAACAGUAACUACUUCAACGGAACAUACAACUCCCGAACCCACAACCAUCAACACAAACACACAAACACCUGCAACAAUACAAAGACUUUCUUAUGGCAAAUAA